GGAGCGUGAAUGUUGGACACAAAACACCAGAAAGUAAUCGGGAGAAAGCGGGGUGAGGUUGUGUGAGCGUUGGGGAGAACUACCGCGACGCUGAUAGCAACUAUAGGCGCUCAUGUAACUCUGUCCUCGUCUUCUCUGUAGACCGAAGAGAACUCGACACAACGUACCCUCUUGUGCUUUGCAUGCGGUGAGCGAUCAAGCGCGAGGGCUCGGAAAAACAGCGGUGGAGACGGAAGUUUGGAAAUCCCGGGCGCCUCAGGAGUGAAUGGUGGAGCCCAGUCCCCCAGCGCUGCAUCUCCAUGCCAGCGGCGAUGUCAGCAUGGUGGGCGUCAGUGUGAAGUUGGAGGAGUCUGGAGGAGAAGGGGGAGGAGCCCACACCAGGGCAGAGCAGCUCUCCUCUCCUGCCUGUGAUUGGUCAGGACAUCAGCCAAUGGAACAACUGGAGUCUAGACAGCUGACUCCUCCCCUCUCCCGCUCACCCUCAGAGGGCUCUCCUGGUAAGGAACAGCUUCUCAGACAGAGUCCUGUUGGGAUGAAGGGGGGCAGCAGGGGGUACAACCACCGACCAGAUGGACACAUGCACCCCACUGUCAGCGAAGUCAUGCCCACCAUAGAGAAGCUUCUGAGUGUGGACUGGAGGGAGAAAUUUCUGGACAAAAGCCCCCUGGGAGGCAACCACCUGAAAGGCACUCCAGAGUCUCUGGCAGAGAAGGAGCUGCAGUUGUUAUUGAUGAUCAACCAGCUGGGUGGUCUGAGGGAGCAGCUGCUGGGAGCCCACUCUGAGCAGAGGAACAUGGCUGCCUUGCUGCUGGAAAAACAACAGCAGCAGAUGGAGCUGGCCAGACAGCAGCAGGAACAGAUUGCCAAACAGCAGCAGCAGUUGAUCCAGCAGCAGCACAAAAUCAACCUGCUUCAGCAACAGAUCCAGCAGGUUAACAUGCCCUACGUGAUGAUCCCAGCCUUCCACCCCAACACCCAGCAACUCCCUGUCACUGCCGACAACCAGAUGACCAUGCCUCUGCAGCCAAUCCCCUGCAAGCCAGUGGACUAUCCCAUGCAGCUGCUGCAGAACUCUCACUCCACCCCUGUGAAAAGGCCCAGUGGUACCUUCCGUCAGGAAGCCAGUCAGCCUCUGAAUCUGACCUCCAAGCCCAAGGGGAUGGACAUGGGGAAGAGCCCCAGCCCGCAGAUCUUUGAGCUGGGCUCGCUGACUCUUCAGGGUGGGUACAGACCCAGGGACAACCAUAGAGAUAGCCCUUCACGUCCUGCACUUAACCUAGGUUUCCUGGGAGAGGGGGAUGUGGUGACCCAGGCCAUCCACGAUGCCCAGCAGCUGCUGUGGAGUCAUGGGCCGGGCGGAAGAGAGAGGGAGCGAGAGAGAGACUGCACUGCCAGGAUGGAGCAUAAGGAGUCUGGUCGCAGCGACAGGCUGCCACACCAAGACCGGGGAGAGAACAGACAAACCCGCCAAACCAACGAGGACCACCACAGCAGUGACUCUGAGGGCCCCCUGUCUGCUCCUGGUGUGGGGUUGUUUGCAGAGGUUCGCAGUCCCCCCUCCUCCGUCCACAUCAAGAGGCCCAUGAACGCCUUCAUGGUCUGGGCCAAAGACGAGAGGCGACGUAUACUACAGGCCUUCCCUGACAUGCACAACUCCUCCAUCAGCAAGAUACUGGGAACUAGAUGGAAGUCUAUGUCUAACCAGGAGAAGCAGCCCUACUAUGAGGAGCAGGCCAGGCUGAGCCGACAGCACCUGGAGCGUUACCCCGACUACAAAUACAAGCCCCGCCCCAAACGCACCUGCAUCGUGGAGGGGCGGAGACUCAGGGUGGGCGAGUACAAAGCCAUGAUGAAGAGCAGGAGACAGGAGCAGAGAGGGGCAUACACACACAGUCAAUCAGAGCCGCAGAAGCUGCACUACGCCCCAGGCGAGGGCCAAUACCCAGGCGGCGGUGGAACGGUCUCCAUGCCGACGGUGCCAUUCCACCCCGCACUAUUGGAGCACUACCUGCCACGAGGGUUGGAGGCUCCGCCUCCUCGCAGACUUGACGGGCAGAUCACACCCACUCCCCUCCACAGAGAGAGGGAGAGACCACCGUACAGCGAGGGGGAGGAGAGUGACAGAGGAGAGAGGAGUGAGGGAGAGCUAGUUCUCCUCACUGACUGAGUGGGAGCGAGGAAGGGAGAGUUUUUAAUAGGGAUAAAGGAGUAAGGGAGAGCUAGUUCUCCUCACUGACUGACUGAGUGGGAGGGAGAGAGGGGGAGAGAGUUUUUAAUAGGGAUAAAGGAGUAAGGGAGAGCUAGUUCUCCUCACUGACUGACUGAGAGGAAGGGAGGGAGGGACAGAGAGAAAGGAGUGUGUGUGUAGACAACUGAAUGAAAAGGUGUGUGUGUGAUGAAGGGGAUCUUGGUCCACAUCAAGUGUGUCAGAGUUCAACGGUUAUAUCUUAGCCAUGUGAUAUGACCAUGUCAGCAGAGCCCAUGACAUGUUAGGGUUAGUAGGAGACAGUUGUUUGUUACGACGUUAAAGGUGUCUGACAGCUGAUUCUAAAAGAUCAUUGGUCAUGAAUCAUAGAUUGGUCUGUCCAUGUUGCUCGUAAUAAAGGUACAUUCAAUGUGGAAUGAGUUGAGAUACACUGGAUUAGACUUGGGGUUCAUUACUGUCACCAACAGGCAUUGACAUAGAUGUUUCCCCUAAACACACAUCUAUUAUUUCUAGACCAUAUCCUUAAAAAUAUUAGGGCCAGGGUAUGAAACAUCUGAUCUCUCCCUAACGACACGGGGCGGCAGGGUAGCCUAGUGGUUAGAGCGUUGGACUAGUAACCGAAAGGUUGCAAGUUCGAGUCCCUGAGCCGACAAGGUACAAAUCUGUCGUUCUGCCCCUGAACAGGCAGUUAACUCACUGUUCCUAGGCCGUCAUUGAAAAUAAGAAUUUGUUCUUAACUGACUUGCCUAGUAAAAUAAAGGUAAAAAAAAAAAAAAUCUGAUUUUGAUUCUGACGGAGAGUGCUGCCCUCUGCUGUUUGGGAUGGGCACAGCACCAUGAAAUAUCCCGAUCGCUAGAAAGUAACAUUUACAGAUGACAGAGGUUGAAUAACCCCCAUUAAUAGCAUAGGUAAUGAGAUGCACUCUGUCAGAAUGCACUUUCACUGAACCCUCAUCUCCUUUCCAAACAGACUCAGGCUGCACCAAAGUAGUCAAGUAUAAACUUGUGUCCUUAUAUCCUCUCCUUCAUAUGCACUGACAACAAAACAGGACAAGGCAAUAUGGGGGAUUCCUUGUGCGAGAGUUUCUUUCACUUGUCAAGUUCUUUCACAUCAGUGCAGGUGGAGUAAAGGAAGCCACUUUAGACUAUCAGGAUGCACCCAGUGUUUCAGUUUUUGCACUUGCGAUAGUAGUUGAUCAGCAGUGACAUCUAGUGUAAUGAGAAAUGUCUAAGGAAUCUCCCUCCAAGCCCUUAUUCUAGAUUGAUCUCAUCCUUCUCUGUUCUCUAGUUGUGUACAAGCUGUAUGUGAUGUGUGCAUAAUGUCUUUCAAUUUAUUUUGAACGCGGGUUUACAAUGUACUCGUCACAGAAUGUUAUACAAAUGUUCUGUAAAAUGUGUGUUUCUUUGAGUGUGCGUGUGGGUAUUGAACGCAAAGGUUGGCCUGAACCCUUUGUCUGUGUAUUCUGACACCCUGGCCUCUUGUCUUGACCUCAGCUGUUGCUCUGUCCAUGUACUGCAGUUUGCCUUGACACAACAGUGCUCCAUCUGCGCUGACCUGAAAGAACUGGACAGGUGAAAUGAAGGUUUUCAACCCAUGUUAUCAGAUCAGUGCAGAUGGAGGAGAAAAACAGAAUAGGAAUCCAUUUGACUGUUGGGAUACAGCCUUCAUCACAAUGUACUGGACAGAAGAGAGGUCAGAUUUGUGGUGUAAUCGUAUUGUUAACUGAGGCAGGCCUGUGGUUAGUUGCUGUUACACUGUUGUAAAGCAUUUGGUGAGCAGGAUGAAGUGGCCACUGAUCUAUGGUCAGUUUUACAUCUUUGCCUAUAAUGUUAAGGACAACUUCAACCCAGAGCCAAGGGGAUGGCACUGUAUAGAGACUGUAUCAGAGAAACAUGUUUAUCUAAUUAUGACAGAAACCCAGAAGAGAACUGUCACCUGUUGUCACCCCUGCUGUUGUAAAUAUAGAUAGAUUUUAUUUUGUUUAUAAGAGCCUGUGUAAUUUAAAGGUGUACCUUUUCUGUAUGUUUUCUAAGUUGUGGUUUUGUUUUUUGGAAAAUAAUAAAUUUGGUUGUUAUCUUU